UCUCGUACGUCAUUCCCACCCUGCCAUCUCGCCAACACAAAACGCCUAUAUGCCACAUUCCAAAGCCGGGUGUACGGCAUGCCUGCUGAUAGCCUUUACCAAUCUUUAAACAGCCCGGGUGUUGGUCCGCCGCCCCCAAGUGAAGAAGUGGAGAGAAUAGAGAACUUUAUUCUGGCGGCAACAGCAAGUGCCCAGCCAGGAAAAGAUGCCCCCACCGUUCUCGAGGGCCAUUCCAAGACCCUCCCCGACAGCGGCGAGUCGCAAGAAGAAGGCACCAAAGACCUGGCCAUAUCGCUGCCACCGCGUCCAGCCUACGGCACCCAAGGGAGAGCCACGAAGCUCUGGACCAACUACGUGGAGCUAACCAUCUCGGGGCCCAAAAGCGCCCAGGAUACCCGAGCUGAGCAGUCAGGAGGAGGCAAGGGCAAGGGAAAAGGCGGUAGUGGCAAGCCCCCGAGGGCCGACAAGGUCAAGGCCCAGUCCGAGGCGAGCCACGACCUUUACAAGUACGGCGUCUCGAUCGAUCCACCCGAAUCCGGCUACGGAACAGUGCGCAUAAUCCAACUACUUCUCGAGGACGAAGAGCUCCAGAGGUUCAAGGGGUCCAUCGUCUCGGACUUCAAGACUUUCCUCGUCUCACGUAACAACAUUCUAGUAGACGACGGAGGGGACCUCACUGUCCUGAAGGAGUUCGGGGUGAGAUUCAGGCACGAGGAUCAAGACGCUCCUGCGGACAAUGCCCAGAAAUAUAGGGUCGUAGUCAAGCUACAGAGGGUCUUGAGCGUCGCCACCCUGCGCAAGUACCUCACGUCAGAGGUUCCCGAGGUCCGCUACGGCGACAAGGAGGAGAUGCUGCAGGCGCUCAAUAUCUUUCUCAACCAUUACGUCAAGGUCAAGGCCGGUGGCCCCAACGUCAAGACCAUUGGCUCCAACAGAACCUUUGUGCUGGGCAUGCCACCGUAUGUGCCAGCGGACGCCUGCGUUGUUCUCCCGGGUCAGCUGUGGAAGGGAAAGCUUCGGACGUCGCAGAUCAGAGACAUGAUCAAGUUUGCCGUCCGCAAGCCUGACCUGAACGCGGCCUCGAUCGUGGGGAGUGGGCUGGAUAUUGUCGGUGCCUCGGACAAAAACGAGCACUUGACACAAGCGGGAUUCUCUGUAAAGAGCAGCCUGAUCACAGUCCCCUCACGAGUUCUCCCAAGCCCGAUUCUCGAGUACUUCAGGGGCGAGCAGCCGGGCGUUCGUGACGGCGGCUGGAAGAUGACGCAAGGGAAAUACUUUGCGCAGACGGCCAAGCCGAGGAUCACGAGCCCCCAGCAAGGCGUCCAAGCCAACGCCAACGGCCACCCCUGGACGUACGUUAUUCUGUCGAGGAGUGGUGACCCGAACGAUGGCAUCGCAGGCUGCAGAACUCUGUACCGACAGACUCUCGAACAGACCGGGCUGUCGCUUGCUCCGCCGGCCACACUGGCGGGCAGCAAAAACAAUUGCCGCCUCGACGGCAACGACCCGAAGCUCCAUCACGAGAGGCUCGAUGACGACGACACGGCCACUUACAACAGCAUCAAAUACCUCGGCGACGUGGUCUAUGGUGUGCACACGGUUUGUGCGCUACGAUCCAAGAUUUGCGACUCUCAAAAAUGGGAUGUCCGAUCCUACUUGGCGAUGAAGAUCAACAUCAAGCUUGGCGGUGUCAACCACCGCGUAUCCACCUCGAACCUCGGCCUCGUGGCCGAGGGCAAGACCAUGAUCGUCGGCAUCGACGUGACGCACCCGUCGCCAGACCAGAGCGCUGCGACGCCCAGCGUCGCCGCCAUGGUGGCCAGCCGGGGCGCGGAGCUGGGCCAGUGGCCGGGCGAGGUGGCGGUCCAGUCGCGGUCGCGCGACGAGAUGGUGUCGGAGCUGCGCGGCAUGAUGCGCCGGCGCCUGCAGCUCUGGCGCGCCCACAACGGCGGCCGCCUGCCCGAAAACAUCAUCGUCUACCGCGACGGCGUGUCCGAGGGCCAGUACAGGCUCGUGCUGCGCCGCGAGGUCCCCGAGCUCGACCGCGCCUGCGCCGAGGUGUACGGCGAGGAGGAGGAGGAGGAGGCGGUCCCGGCGCCCCGCGUCGCCGUCGUCAUCGUCGGCAAGCGCCACCACACGCGCUUCUACCCGGCCGUCGAGGGCGACACGGACCGCGGCAACGCCAGGCCCGGCACCGUGGUCGACAGGGGCGUGACCGAGGCGCGCGUCUGGGACUUUUACCUGCAGUCGCACUCGGCCCUGCAGGGCACCGCGCGGCCCGCGCACUACGUCGUCAUCCGCGACGACAUCUUCAACCCCAAGGGCGGCAGCGGUGGCGGCGGCAGGGGCGGCGCCAAGCGGCCCGAGUCAUCCCCCGGCACCUCUCCCGCCAAGCCCAAGGCGGCGCCGGGCUCCCCGCAGGGGCCGGUGAGGGGCAAGCCGCUGAUGGGCGCCAUGCUGCAGGGCGGCCGCGGCCGCAUGGGCAGCAUCGGCGGCGUGCUGCACGGGUCCGGUGGCAGUCCCGGCGGCGGCGGCAGUGGCGGCAGUGGCGCGAGAAACCCGGCCGACGAGCUCGAGGCGCUGACGCACAGCCUGUGCUACGUCUUUGGGCGGGCGACCAAGGCCGUCAGCAUCGUGACGCCGACCUACUACGCCGACAUACUAUGCGAGCGCGCACGCUGCUACAUGGCCUGCGACGCUGCCGUCAACCCCUCGGCCGCGGACCAGCGCUCGCUGCUGGACGAGGCGCAGAUCAGGAGGAUCCGCGACGGCGCCGAGAGGGCGCGCGCGCAGGGCCUGCUUGACGAGGCGCGCGAGACGGUGCGCGAGAGGGCGAGGCGGGCGGUGCGGGUGCAUGAGAACAUCACCGACGAGAUGUUUUACAUCUGA